AGCCGUGGGUCGUGGGUUUGUCUCGCUUUUCUGCCGUGUUUGUGUUUACAAUUUAAUUCAGGAGAAAUAAUCACUGAUUUUUCUUCGUUUUCUGACCCCCAGUCAACGAAGAAUAAAAACUAAACACAUUGAGAUGGAACACAACCUAGAGGAUGGAGGUGAUGACGGGCAACAUCUGCAGCCCUUAAUGUCCCUGCGGGUGGCACCGCCGAACAGCGGACCUGAGGCCGUCGAAGACGAAGAUGAUCUAAUCAAACUUCCGCAGGCGUUGGAAAUGGCAUUUGCCUUCAAAAACGAAAGGGCGAGGGUUCUCGGCCGUGGUGAUGGUGAUAUUCCAGAGGAUGAAUUGAAUGCAGACCAGGAGGAUGAGGAUGGCGACGACGAAGGAAAUACGGCUGAGAUCAAUGCUGCACGAGAAAAGCAGAGGCUGAAGAACAAGAACAAAAAGAAGAAAAAGAAGAGGAAGCAACUGAAGGCCCAGGAAGAUCAAGAAGCCCAGGAAAACGAGAAACCCAAGGAGGGAGAAAAGCAGGAAAAAGCCAGCAAAGAAAACGGCAAGGGCGAAACUGACGUUGAAGUGGAGUACAUUCAAGAAACUCUGAAAUUAAACGAGUUAGAUCCAAUGUAUCGGCAGUUUGCAUUAAUUUUUGAGACAUUCCGUAUUGCUGGCAAAGGCUCCUCUGACAUCGUUCCUGCCAUUGCUCUACCGAUAUUGAAAAAGGUUCCAAAACCUGUCGAAGAUGAUGAAAUGGAAGAACAGGAGAAAAAUAACGAGAGUGGACUGUCAAAGCUCUCAAAGAGGAAAAUGAAGCAGCUGACUAGGUUAAGUGUUGCUGAGUUGAAACAGCUUGUGACCAGACCAGACGUUGUGGAAAUGCAUGACGUGACUGCCAGGGACCCCAAGCUGCUUGUCCAGCUGAAGGCACACAGAAACACCGUGCCAGUCCCUAGACACUGGUGCUUCAAAAGAAAGUAUUUGCAAGGCAAGAGAGGAAUUGAGAAGCCGCCAUUCCGCCUGCCAGAAUUCAUCAAGAAGACUGGCAUCAUGGAAAUGAGAGAGGCCCUGCAGGAAAAGGAAGAUUCCAAAACCUUGAAGGCUAAAAUGCGUGAGCGUGUGCGUCCAAAGAUGGGAAAAAUUGACAUUGAUUACCAGAAACUUCACGAUGCCUUCUUUAAAUGGCAAACCAAACCAAAAAUGACCAUACACGGAGACCUCUACUACGAGGGCAAAGAGUUUGAAACGAGAUUGAAGGAGAAAAAGCCAGGAGACUUGUCAGAGGACUUGCGAACCGCCUUGGGCAUGCCUGUCGGGCACAACGCGCACAAAGUUCCUCCACCAUGGCUAAUCGCCAUGCAGCGUUAUGGACCGCCUCCAUCGUACCCAAGCUUGAAAAUCCCAGGCCUCAAUGCACCUAUUCCUGAUGGCUGUGCUUUCGGCUAUCACGCAGGUGGCUGGGGCAAGCCUCCUGUUGACGAAACUGGCAGACCUCUCUAUGGAGACGUGUUUGGUACCCAGUCCUCUGAUUAUGCGCAUGCCAUUCCUGAGGAAGAAGUGGACCACACUUUAUGGGGUGAGCUGGAGUCGGAAUCAGAGAGCGAGAGUGAAGAGGAGGAGGAAGAGGCCGAUGGAGAAGAAGGUGCAGGAGCUGAUGGCGCAGUGGACGAAACUGGACUUGUUACGCCCGCCGAAGGUCUCAUCACUCCCUCAGGUCUCUCCUCCAUUCCCACUGGUAUGGAGACGCCUGAGAUUAUUGAGUUGAGGAAGAAGAAAAUUGAGAGUGAAAUGGAAACCGGCGAGGGUCCAUCUCUGUACACUGUUCUUCAAGAGAAGAGGGUGGACCGGAUUGGAGGGUCGAUGAUGGCAUCCACUCAUGUGUAUGACAUGACCACCGCAGCAGCCACUGGAGGCGCUCCUCCAACCCUGGGUGGCAGGAGAGGGGCAACCGGAGAAGGAAUGGUGGAGCUGGCUCUGGAUCCGUCAGAAUUGGACUUGGACACAGACGCCAUGGCCCUACGAUACGAGCAGACGUUGCGAGAGCAGCAGUCGCAGCUGCAAAAGGAAGAUCUCUCUGACAUGCUUGCUGAGCAUGUAGCUAGGCAAAAGAAUAAGAGGAAGAGACAACAAGGGCAAGAUCCAAAGCAAGCCAAGAAAUACAAAGAGUUCAAAUUUUAGGUUGCUCAUAGUGAUAUGAUUAUGAUUGUAUUUUACAUUGAGUUCUUCGUAAUAUUAAAUUUUCUUGCAAAAUAUUAAAAACUGAAAUCUUUGGAUA